AGCGCUGAGAAAGAGAGAAUAAAAGAAAGUACAUACACAAAAAAAGACGUUCGAUUAGAUUACCGAGGAACCGCCUUAUUUGGUAUAUGCGCAUUCUGUUUUAAGCAACACAAAAUCCGAUCGGCGCGAUCUGAUUUUAGUUUAAAUGCAUAAUAUAUUGAGAUGACUAACAUACGCGGACUUCAGGUUUCGGUGGGCUUUUGGUUUGACGUUCUGCUACGUGUCUUUCUGGCCGUGCUAUUCGUGGAGCUAGAGAGUGCAGAACCAUUUACAAGGAAAAUUCACGAAAAUGAGUUGUGGUUGUACAGAAAUCCAAGAACAGAUUCUUUCGUUCCAACUACAGUAUUAUGGCCACUUGUAUUUAUGUUACCAGUAGCUGUUAUCUGUUUCUUUUUCAUAAUAUAUAAAGACAAAGUUGAUCUUCAACAGUCAGUAUUAUCUGUGACGUUAGCCUUAGGACUUAAUGGUCUUAUUACAGAUAUAUUGAAACUUAUAGUAGGUCGUCCAAGACCAGAUUUCUUCUGGCGGUGUUUUCCAGAUGGACAAAUGAAUUCAGCAUUUAAGUGCACUGGAGAUCCGAUUGCUAUCAGAGACGGAAGGAAGUCAUUCCCAAGCGGACAUUCCUCGUUUGCGUUCGCCAGUUUUGGUUUUAUUGCCUUGUACUUAGCUGGAAAGUUACACACAUUCAGCUUGGCAGGAAAAGGACAAUCGUGGAGAUUGUGCACGUUCUUUUUACCACUCUGUAUUGCUCUUACCAUUGCGUUAAGCAGAACCUGUGAUUAUCACCACCAUUGGCAGGACGUGUUGGUAGGGUCAGUGAUAGGAUACUGCUUAACGUACAUCUGCUACAGACACUAUUAUCCUCCGUUAGAUUCGCCCUAUUGCGACAAACCGUACGCCGCACUCACGUUACAAAUUCAAACAGACUCCAAGUCCAACAAGAGCGAGCAAAUCAAGUGGAUAUAACGGAAAAAAUACGUCUGUACGCGUUGCACAUAAUAUCGUAAACAGUAUUUAAUAUUUUUGUUAAUAUUUUGGAGAUUUGUAUUUUGUGUAUUGUUACCUGAAUAAAUACAAUUUUGAUUGGAGACAGAUAUA